AUGUCACACAUGUUGGAGGACAUUACUGGUGCAGAGGUCAUCAUUGAUGAUAUUUUGGUUUGGGGAUCAUCGAUUGAAGAACAUGACCAGAGAUUACGCCAAGUUUUACAGCGUGCGAAAGAGUAUCACUUAAAGCUCAGUAGGCAGAAAUGUGAAGUGCGUAAAACUGAAGUGAAAUAUGUAGGACAAGUACUUACCCAAAAUGGAGUGAAACCGGAUCCAGAAAAAGUGAGAGCUAUUGUGAUGAUGCAGAAACCAGAAAAUCGACAGGAACUACUUACCUUUCUAGGACUAGUUCAGUACUUAGGAAAGUUUCUUCCAAGAGUAUCUGAUGUAAGUGCAUCACUACGCAAAUUGACUGAAACUUCGUCAGGCUGUGAAUGGAAUUGGACAAAGGAACAAGAUAUCAGUUUUGAGACAAUCAAGGCCAUGAUUACCAAAGCUCCGAUCUUAGCAUACUACAACCCAGGACUACCGCUAACACUCUCAGUGGAUGCAAGUUCAAGAGGACUUGGUGCGACCAUCUUACAACAAGGUAGACCCAUUGCAUAUGCGUCAAGAGCACUGACAGCGUCUCAAAGAAAUAACGCACAGAUAGAGAAAGAGGCAUUAGCAGUUGUCUUUGGAUGUCAAAAGUUCCAUCAGUACAUCUAUGGUAGAUCAGUAACUGUAGAGUCCGACCAUAAACCAUUACAGUCCAUUUUUCAGAAACUGCUCUUAGCAGCACCUUUGCGUUUACAAAGACUACUUCUAGCCGUUCAGAAAUACGACUUAAAGCCUGGCAAACUUAUGUUUGUUGCUGAUGCUUUGAGUCGACACUAUCUUGAUGAAACCAGAGAAGAGUUGAUACCUGAAGUUGAUGUCAACAAUAUCACGCUCAACAGACACUUACCGAUGUCACCUGAUCGUUACAAGGAAUUUCAACAAGAAACUUCUCAGGAUCAAACAUUACAACAGCUACUCAAUACAGUACUGUUAGGAUGGCCCAACACUAAACAGAGCUUACCAUCAAACCUUCUUCCAUACUGGACAUUUCGGGAUGAAAUAUCACAUGUAGAUGGACUACUGUUCAAAGGCAGUAAACUUAUCAUUCCAAAAUCGAUGCAGCAGAAAAUGUUAGACUUGGUUCAUGAAUCUCAUCUGGGUAUCGUGAAGUGCAAGAGUAGAGCACGGGAAUCUAUAUAUUGGCCGGGCAUGGCAGCACAAAUAGAGGAUAAAGUAUCCCAGUGUAUAACUUGUGCUGAAGUUCAGAAUUCCAAUCCAAAGGAACCAAUGAUGUGUACAGAGUUACCAGAUCGUCCAUGGUCCAAGAUAGCAUCUGACAUUUUCGUAUACAAGCAGAACCAUUACCUACUCACUGUAGAUUACUACUCGAAAUGGCCAGAGAUAAUCAUCUUAAAAGACCUUUCAUCUCUACAAGUCAUCAACUCGCUUAAAAGCAUGUAUUCCAAGUACGGGAUUCCUGAUGAGUUAGUAUCAGACAAUGGUCCUCAGUAUGCGAGCAAGGAGUUCAAAGAUUUUACCAAAGAGUAUGGAUUCACACAUACAACAUCUAGUCCAUUGUAUCCUAAAUCUAAUGGACAGGCGGAGAGAAUGGUGCAGACUGUCAAGCGGCUUCUCAAGAAAAACACAGACCCUUACAAAGCGUUGAUGGAUUAUCGCAACACAGAAAUCCAAGGACUAGGACAGUCACCCUCACAGAUGUUUCUAGGACGUCGUCUGAAAACAAACUUACCUAUUGCAGCAGAUCUACUUAGUCCUAAGGACAACAACAUGCAGAAGAAACUACAAGCCAGACAGUUGCAGUACAAGAAAUUUUAUGAUCGCACAGGAACUAAGAGUCUUCCGAAUUUGGACACAGGAGAUAACGUUAUGCUACAAGAUGGCAAAACAUGGAGACACGCGACUGUGGAAUCCAAACUACCACUACCAAAAUCCUUUAUCGUAUCGUUUGAUGGGAAAAAGUACCGUCGAAACCGCUGUAUGCUGAAAAAGACGAAUUCCGCAAAACCCACACAGGAAGUCAGUGAGUAUUUCGAUUUCCAGAUUCCAGAGAGUAGUGCUGAAGAACAUGUUCCGCUAAAGCAGUCUUCAGAGUCUCGCGAGUGCGCAAAACAAACUCCAGAUGAAACCGUCAAAACCAGAUCAGGACGUACUGUGAAAGUUCCAUCCAAAUUUGCAGACUAUGUUAUGCAACCAGUGUAA